AUGACCGGAGAGGCGAAAGUAGACCUUGGUUCUCAACACCGUGCUUUUCGCUUCUUUUUGCCUCGUAAUAAUCACGAGAAAAGUAAUUUUUGGAUAGCCAUUAGAAAAGAAGUUUUUACUAAUGAAGAGGUAAACGAGCGAGGAAGAAUUGAGGAUGUGGAAACAACAAGUUUUUUUCCAAUAUGGGAAGCCGAGCGAAUGGUAUCUUCUAAUCUCCAAGAUUUAUUGAAUAGAAUCAGGCAAACGGGAGAUACGGGAAAUAAUCAAAACCCACCCAAUCCACUGCCAGGAGGGAAUAAUAACCAUCCGCCAACUCCAACCAAUCAAUCUCUCACUUUCACUAUCAGAAAUACCGAACCAUAUUUCGCCGAUGACUGCUUUAAACUGGAACUAAAUCCACCUAUUACGGUCAAUGGCAACCAAAUUACCAGCGUAAUUAUCAAAGGAGACCAAGUUAAUACUUGCUUAGAAAACGGCGAUUUAGCCGCGGGAAAUACCCUUACUAUUACUAAUAUUCAAUUUGGUCCUAGUCUCGCCACUAUUGAUAACCAUAAUACGUUGGCAAUUUUCGAACAUUUUGGUAAUAUUCAAGCAGUUAAUGUUAAUAACAAUCCUGUUCCUAAUAACCCCCCCCCUAUUCCACGACCAACUUUUCCCGAAGUUCAGCAAAAAAACCAGGAAUUAGCCAGCGAAGAAAACAAUCUGCUUAUUCUCGCAGCCGAACUUUUAAAAACUAUUGAAGAAAAUAGAAAAGAAGAAUUUUUCACCGAACUAGAUGAAAGUCUAGCCGUGGAUAAUCCGACUAAUCGCCAAAUUCUCGCUACCAACGAGCAAAUUCGGCACCGAAAACUGAAUAUUAAAGAAAAUAUCAACCUAAUAUAUAAUAGCAACCAGCAAAAUUUAGCCGCGGAGAAAAACGGUAAAAAACCUCUUCCGACUGAUGAAUUAGGCCAGUUAAAAAAGCAAGUAAUCGCUGAAAUAAACCAAAUUCUUACCGAUAAAGAUAAUUUAAAAAAUAUUGAUUUAAAUACUUUGGAGAGCGGUAAAUACCAAAAUUGGGAAAAGGAUAUCGCCGGACUAGCCAGCCACGACCAAGUAAUCGCUUAUAAAAACGCUUUGCUGGAAACUCUGAAAAAAGUCGGAAUAAAAGCCAACGAGGAAGAAAAUAAUAAAACUUCGUCGCCAAGUUCACCAAGCACACCACAAGAUAACCAGAAAAAUAAUAAUGAUAGCGUUGAUACCAACGAAAUAAUUAACGCUCCCUCGCUGGCAGUAGCUCGCAAUAUUGCUAAAAAAAAGAUUCGGGAAUUAUUUACUAAAUAUGGUAUCAAAGUCGAAGAUGUCAAAAAAAAAUUAGAUGAUAAGCAGAAAAUUAGUGAGUUUGUGCAAGCCCUCGAACGAGCAAUGAAGAAACUUUCCGUUAAAUCAUCACCAGAAGAAAGUAAUAACGGACUUCCUCGACCAGCCAAAAUAGCGAUUGGCGUGGGAGCAACAGUCGAAAAUGAAGAUAUUUUUGCUCUCAAAAAAGAACUAAAAAAGGCCAAUGCCUUUAUCUUUUGUCACCAAGAUGAAUAUAAACCGUUAAGUAUUCUCCACCAAUUUAAUAAAGAAAACGCUGAUAUCAAAAGAUUUCACGGCGGUAUUUACGAGCAAAAAUUAAUAAGUAAUGAACUUUUAGAAAAAUGGGCUAACUUGCCAAGUAAAGAAUAUAUGAAUGAAAAGCAAAGUAGUAAGGAAAUAAACGAAAUUGUCGAAAAAAUAGACCAACUAAAUUUGGGAAAAAUCAGUGAAUUAGUUGAUAAAAUCAAAGAAAAGUAUAAUAUUAAAGAAGAUGCGGUAAUACAAUCGACCGGCUCCGCCCCAACCAGCGAAAAAGUCGAAGAAAAAGGCGGUAAUGUCUCGUUAAAAUUAUUAGGAAUAAAAGAGACGGUCAAUAAAAUAAAAAUUUAUGGAAUAAUCAAAGAUUCAGUUAAGCAAUUAAAAGGUGAAGAUAUUAAUAUUAUCCAAGCCAAAAAGAUUAUGGAAAAAGAGGAUAAAGUUAUUUUUACCGACAUUCCGCGUGACAAAGCCGAAGGAGUUAAAAAACAAUUGGAAAACGAAGGACGUCGUCAAUAUCUCACUCUUAACAAUUCUCCACUUUUCCAAACUUUACCCCAACGAGAUUUUGCCCACGAGCAAAAGUCCUCUUAUUAUGAUUUUCUUGACCGAAGAUUAAAUGAACUAUUGAAUUUUUAUUUUCCGUUUAAUUGUAGUGACCAUAAUAACACUAUUGAAUUAAAUAUUGAAAAAUUUCAUCAUCAAGAACCUAAAAUUAGUCAGGAAGAGGCACAGUUAAAAGAAGAUAUUAGUGACUGGGUAGAAAAAAGUUUUAAUAUUGACUUGCUAAAAACUUGGGAAGUGCCCGCCGAAACUUUGGAAAUUUUAUUUAAUAGAGCCGAUUUAGAUAUUAGUAAUUACUCCUCAGCCAAAAGUUUGGAAGCAGGAGUAAACUUGCCAAAAUUUCUCUUUACCAAAAAAAACUCUUAUUUUGAUUUUGUAAUCGGACAAGUAUUAGCUGAAAAUGUAUGCGAUGUUAAAAGCCAAGUAGUAUUAAGCAAAAAUACUAUUUUGACUGAAAAAAACCUCCAAGUACUGCGACGAGCCUUAGCCCAAAAAAAAAUAAGCACUAUUUCUCUGCCUGGCUCAAAUAAUGAAUUGUAUUGCUUAAAAAUAAAUUCGCCGCACAAUAAAGAAGAAGUAAUAACAAUCGUAGGAAUAGUCGAGGAAAUAUCCGAAGAAAAAACUUAUUUCGACCUCAGUGAUUUAGUUUGUUCGAUUGCUUUUUAUCUCAACCUUCCCCACGGCUUAGGAAAAACUGAACGAGAAGAAGACAAAGAUAAAUUAGAAAAUCAAGUUAUUCGCCGAGUUGGUGAUCUAAUUUAUAAUAUUUUUAAUAACAAGUUAGGUGGUUUUCUCCAAGAUAUAAAUAGUAAAUAUUUGGCCAAUAUUUCUCAGUUAAAAAAAGCUGACUUGACCAAAAUUCCUAAUUUAAAGGAUUUUGAUAACUUAUUGAAGGAUUUUUUUAAUACUUCCGCUUUAGUGCAACUUCAAAACCAAAAUAAUCCUUUAUCAGAAAUUUCUUAUGCACGUAAAUUAAGUGUUUUAGGACUAGGUGGAUUUAGUUCGGCUAAUACUACUUUGGCCGCUCGUAAUAUUAAUUCUUCUUAUUAUGGUCGUUAUGAUUUGGUAGAAACUCCCGAAGGACAAAGGGUUGGCUUAAUUCAUAAUUUAGCUAUGGGAACAGAAAUAAAUGAUUAUGGACAAGCGAUAACCCCUUAUUAUUCAGUCGAGAAAGGGAUAAUUAGUUCGCAAUUAGUUUAUUUAGCCAGUGAGGAAGAGUCGGAUAAAUAUAUCGCUCACUGCAAUAUUAGAAUUGAUAAAAAAAACCGAAUUUUAGAUGAGGUAGUGGCCGCUCGUUACCAAGGAAAUUUAGUUCAAGUGCCAACCGAAAAAAUAAAUUAUAUCGAUAGUUCUUUUUACCAGUUAAACUCGAUUACUAGUGCUAUUAUUCCUUUUUUUCAUCAUAAUGACGCUACCCGGAUGCUAAUGGCAACUAAUAUGCAAAGGCAAGCUGUAACUUUACUGAAAAGUCAGGAACCGUUAAUUGCCAGCGGUGUCGAGGCCAGUUUGAACGAAAAUUCCUCGUUGUUAAUUCGGGCCGAGGAAAAAGGUCAAGUUGAUUAUGUUGAUAGUUGCCAAAUUGUUAUUAAGGAAACCGGCAAGGACAAAAAAACCUAUAAUUUAAGUCAAUUAGCCAUUUCCAAUAAAAAUUUACUUAAUUUUUCCUUUCCGUUAGUCAAAAAAGGUGAAAAAGUCGGGAAAGGACAAAUAAUUGCCAGCGGUAAUUAUGCUAACAACGGUGAAUUAUCGUUAGGAUAUAAUUUGCGACAUCUUAUUAUUCGUCGUAAUACCAAAUAUGGCGAAGAAAAAUUUGUUUCCUCCCUGCCCUAUGCUGAAAAAAACCAAUUUCCUCAUCUCGACAAAGAUGGUAUCGUCAAAGUUGGUAGUGAAGUGAAAGAAAACGACAUUUUAGUUGGCAAAAUAACUCCGGAACCAGGUUUGCGCCAAGAAACCGAAGAAGAAUUGCUUUUAUUAAGUAUCUUGGGUGAAAAAGCCCAAAGAUUUGUUGAUUCUUCUCUUUAUUUGCCAACUGGUGAAAAAGGUACAGUCUACGAUGUCAAACGCAAAAAACUCUCCCGCAAUAAGAAAGAGUUAGAAGUGGUGGAAAUUUAUAUCUCCCAAGCAAGAAAAAUCGAAGUGGGUGAUAAAUUAACGACCCGCUUUGGUAAUAAAGGAGUGGUCGCCAAAAUCGUUCCCGAAAUUGAUAUGCCAUUUGAUGACGAAGGAAAAACUAUUGAUAUAAUUUUUAACCCCUUAGGUAUUCCGACCCGAAUGAAUAUUGGCCAAUUAUUAGAAACGAUACUAGCCGCCGCCGCUUUUAAACUAAAUAGUAAGUUUCUGAUUAGACCUUUUGAUACUCCUUCCCUUGAAACUAUUAAAGAAAUUAUUCACGAGGCCGAAAUAAAAAAUUUCGGUGCCCAAAAACUAUUUGACGGUCAAACGGGCUUACCUUUUCACCAAAACAUUUAUACUGGCUAUAUUUAUACCGUCAAAUUAAAUCAUAUGGUAUUUGAUAAAAUACAUGCUCGUAAUACCGGCCCCUAUUCUUUAAUUUAUCAACAGCCGUUAAAAGAAGCUCACGGUGCGGCCUACAACUUAAUGGAAAUGAUGAGUGCCAAGUCGGAUGAUAUCUAUAAACGUCGGCUAAUGCAAAAUAAUUUACUUUUCGAUAAACGACAAAUAGAAUUACGAAAUAGUCAAAGCGGACUUUUCGACCCUCGUGUUUUCGUUUUAAUCGCCGAAAAAAAUAUUCAACGCUGGCGUAUGGGUCACAUUACUCUUAACACUCCGGUUACUAAUAUCUUACUUUUCAAAAGUUUAGCGGCCAAUUUGAGCAAACUACUGGAAAUUCCGGCCAAAAAAUUAGAAGAUAUUAUUUAUUUUCGGGCUUAUACCGUGGCUGACAACGGUUUAACUAAUUUACUAAAAAAAAAAGAUAUAUUAGAAAAAGAAAUUGACUUGUCCUUGAUGAAUAGUAUUUUACAAGAAAUUAUCACUGACCAGGAAAAUCUGAAAAAGGUUGCUAAAAAGUAUAAAGAGGAAGAAAAAAAAAUUGUUAAACAAGCCCAGGAAUUAGCAGCCGAUUAUUUGGACUUCGUGGAAAAAUAUCGCCACAUCAAAAUCAAAACUGGUUCGGAGGCUUUUGAAGAGUUAUUAAAAGGAAUCGAUUUAGUUCAAGAAUUAGAAAAAGCCAAAAGCGACUCCAAGCCGGACACGAAAACUAAUCAGGAAAAAAUAAAAAGAUUACAAAAAUCAGUCGACCAAUUACUCCAAGGUUCUCCGCGUGUACAAAAUGAGACCAAAAGUCUAUUACAAAAUUUAAGUGGUAAAGAAGGAAUAUUACGGCGUUACUCCUUAGGAAAAAGAGUCGAUUACUCGGCUCGUUCGGUAAUUGUUCCUAACCCAAAUUUAUUGCUAACUCAAAUUGGCUUACCAGUUCAAAUGGCACUGGUUCUUUAUAAACCGUUUAUUAUUCAGCAAAUAUUAAAAGAAAAAAUUGUUUUUACCGUCAAAGAGGCCGACCAAUUACUGAUUAAAAAAGACCCCAUUAUUUUCUCACUCUUAGACAAAAUAAUUGCUAAUCAUCCGGUGUUAGCUAACCGGGCUCCUAGUUUGCACCGGCUUAGUAUUCAGGGAUUUUAUCCGCGACUAACUUUGGGUAAAGCCAUUGAAUUACAUCCCUUAAUAACUUCCGCUUUAAACGCGGACUUUGACGGUGACCAAAUAGCUAUCUAUUUGCCGUUAACCAAAAGUACUUGUAAAGAAGUAAAAGAAUCGGUUUUAUCUUCCCACAACCUAGUUGACCCCAAAAACGGUCAUCUAAUCGAUAUGCCGAGCCAGGACAUGAUUUUAGGUAUCUAUUACUUAACCCAGGAAAAGAAAGAAACAACUCCUAAAUUCUACGACGAAAUAGGCACCUCUUUCCCUUAUUACUUGAAUAAUCUAGAAAUUUAUAAUCAAACAGAAGAAGAAUAUAAAGAAGCAACCGUAGAAAUAAAUGAAGUGGAAAAAAUAAAAAUAACUCCGCACGAAGAAAUGGUCAAAUUUCUAGAUAAUUUAAAAGAAAUUAGUUUCCGCUACGCUACUUACUCGGGAAUCAGUAUUUCCCCGUUUGAAUUAGGAGAAGUAGUGGUUAAAAGAAAAGAAUUGGCCCGAGCCGAACAGAAAAUUAAAGAAAUAGAUAACUAUUAUUCCCAAGGAUUUUACACCAAGAAAAGUAAUACUUCUAUUUAUCAUAUUUGGGAUUCAGGAGCACGGGCUAGUAGUGAAAACUUAACCCAAAUAUUUGCUAUGCGGGGCAAUACUACUAACUACUUAGGAGAAAUUAUUGAAACACCCAUUAUUUCUUCCCUUUGGGAAGGUUUAACCCCUUUUGAAUUCUUUACUUCAGUUUAUGGUGCGGUCAAAGGAAUGGUCGAUAUUGCUUUGAAAACAGCUGAGGCAGGUUAUUUGACUCGGCGCUUGGUAGAGUCGACCCAAGGGAUUAUUGUUAAUUCACCCGAUUGCGGAACCAAUUCAGGAGUAUUGGUAGAAGAAAAUGACUCUAAUGUUUUAGUUACAAAAAUUUAUGGUCUAAGUGGAGUUUGCCAAAAAUGUUAUGGAUUAGAUUUAAGUAAACCUAGUGAGCAAAUUGCCAUGGGAACCGCUGUGGGAAUUAUUGCUGCUCAAUCUUUGGGUGAACCCGGAACUCAAUUAACUAUGCGAACUUUCCAUGCUGGAGGAAUUGCUGGUGAUGAAGACAUUAUUCAAGGUUUACCAAAAGUUAAACAAAUAUUCGAUAAUAUUAAGCCGGAAAAAAAAGAAAAAGCCAUUUUGGCUAAAUGUAACGGAACGAUAAGUAGCGUUGAGGAAGAGGUGAUUAAGCAAAAAAGUGAAAAAGGUGAAGAAAUUAUUUAUUCUUACGAGCCGGAAAAAAAAGUCCGAGUGAAAAAAGGAGAAAAAGUAAUACUGGGAACCAGACUUACGAGCGGAAAAAUUGAUUUAGAAGAGUACCUAGAAAUUGUGGGGCGGGAAAGGUGUCAGAAAUAUAUUAAAGAGGGGAUAAAACUUGUUUAUGACAAUCAAGGUAUUGACAUUGACGACAAGCACAUUGAAAUAUUUGCUCGACAAAUGUUAUCCCGAGUAGAAAUUAUUGAGUCAGACAAUGAUGAUUAUCUGCUCGGUGAUAUAGUUGAUUAUCAAACCAUUCAAAAAACUAAUGAGUUGCUAAUAAAAGCGAAAAAAAAACCUAUUUUAUUUAAAAACAUUAUCUCUAGUUUAAAAGAUUUAGCUUCGUCCCCCCCUUCUUUUUUAGCGGGGAUAUCCUUCCAAAACACCUUGAAAAGUUUAGUUAAUUAUUCUUUAUAUCAACCGGUCGAUUAUUUGCAAGGAGUCAAAGAAAACUUAAUUGCUGGACAAUUAGUUCCAAUUGGCACGGGCUUUAAAGAACGAGAAAAAUACUUAGAAGGUCGCAAAACCGCGGGAAGGAAAAAGUUAGAAAAAAAUAAUUUAUAG